AUGUGUUCUUCCAUCGUUCCUCAACUCGAAUCUUCGAUACCAAAUACCACUGUAUACUUCUCCGAUCUCCUUUUCGCGGGAACUACUGUACAACUUUCCGACAACCAUCCCAGCUGCGAGCGUCCAUCGCAACUGGUAUUUGAAGAUACAUGCCGCAUUGCUAUGUAUGUAUCUACUUCAAACAGGUCCGGCAUCAACAUGGAGAUCUGGCUUCCUCGAAACUGGACUGGAAGAUUUUUGAGUACAGGUAAUGGCGGACUAUCCGGGUGCAUUCAGUAUGAGGAUAUGGCCUAUGCUUCGGCACUCGGAAUCGCCACUGUUGGGGCUAACAAUGGUCACAACGGUACUAGCGGAAAAGCCUUCCUCCGAAAUCCUGAUGUCGUUGAGGAUUAUGCAUCCCGCUCGGUACAUACUGGCGUUGUCAUUGGGAAAGCGAUUUCCAAGCAAUUCUAUGGAAAAUCACAUACGAAAUCAUACUAUCUUGGUUGUUCUACUGGUGGUCGACAAGGUCUCAAGUCGGUACAAGACUUUCCAGAGGACUUCGAUGGAGUUAUCGCUGGUGCCCCGGCAAAUGCCUUCUCUGGUCUCUUGUCCUGGAGCGGUCGUCACUACGGAAUCACUGGUCCUCCAGGAUCUGAAUCGUUCAUAACAGAGGAGCAGUGGAAGAAUCUCGUUCACCCCGAUAUCAUGCAACAAUGCGAUACUAUCGAUGGUGUCGCUGACGGUGUUAUUGAGGAUCCCAACUUGUGUGACUAUAAACCGGAAAGACUAAUCUGCUCGUCUAAUGUAAGAGACAAGUCGAAGUGUCUUUCCGGGGGACAGGCAAGGGCAAUUCGGAAGAUAUUCAGUCCAUUAUACAGCCCCGAGGGAGAGCUUUGGUUUCCGAGACAACAACCAGGAAGUGAGGACGCAUCGAUCAUAGCCGCAAUGUACAGCGGGAAGCCUUUCCCUUUCACCGUUGAUUGGUUCCGUUAUAGUCUUUACAAUGAUCCAGAAUUCGACGUUACCAAGUUGAAUAUGACCGACUGGGCUUACUCGGAAGCGGUCAAUCCAUUCAACAUCAAUACUUGGGAAGGAGAUUUAUCGCGAUUCAAAUCGAGGAACGGGAAGCUCAUCACUUGGCAUGGUCAGGCCGAUGGACUAAUUUCUCCUGCAAAUUCUGAACGAUAUUACAAUCACGUUUCGCAUACUAUGAACCUUCCCCCCUCCGAAAUUGAUGACUUUUAUCGCUUCUUUCGCAUCAGUGGAACCGGCCAUUGUCGGGGAGGCGACGGUGCUUGGGUUAUCGGGCAAACUCUGAGGAGUCUCAAAAGAGUACAGCUGGAUAUGGAGUUUCUGAACCCUGAUGGGAACGUGUUAACGGCGAUGAUUCGGUGGGUAGAAGAGGGCAAAUCGCCAGAUACCCUUCUGGGCACAAAAUAUCUCAACGAUUCAAUUUCCAUGGGCGUCCAGAGCAGUCGAAGACAUUGUAGAUAUCCUUUCCGCACUCAAUACGACGGUACUGGGGAUAGCUCCCAACCAACAAGUUGGUUAUGUAAAUGA